AUGAUCAAAGCUGCCAUGCUCUGUGCUCUCUGCUUUGUAGCUCGCAACACUGUUUCUGCUGCUGCUGCUGCUGCAACCAAAAAAGAUGAACACUGCUCUCCUUCCUGCGGCAACAUCAGAAACAUAAGCUACCCAUUUCGUCUGAAGGGCGAUCCUCGCAUGGACUGCGGCGACCGACGCUAUGAAAUCUCCUGCGAGAGCAACCGUACUGUUUUAUACCUGCAUCAAGCGAGGUACUACGUGGAGGAGAUCUCGUACCAGACUCAUAGAAUUCGAGUCGUCGAUUCCGCUACAAUUCAUUGGGCCGUUUUAACUUCAGUAACGAAGAACCAUACCAGCUCCAUGGCGAUAUAUUUCCGAUCAGCUUCUUCAGCAUUUCUCUUCUACGUUGCGAGACUCCACAAACACUUGGUUGUCAUAAUAACGAUUCUUCUUAUGAGCUUUGUCUCGGACCUUUUGGGCUUUUUUGCCAAUAUUUUUCAAGGGAAAUUCUAUGUCAUCACUGACAAUGAUGUCGGCCUCGGUUAUUUUGUCACUUUAACAAGAUAUGUUAUUUUGGGUAUUUUCAUAGUCGUAGGAUUAUUGACAACAAGAACUUUAUGUGGUAUCAUGUGCUUCUUCCCGUUUUUGAUUUAUAAGCUACGACGACGUCACUUGUCAAUGGAUGACAGUAUUGAGGACUUCCUACAGAGUCACAACAAUCUCAUGCCAAUCAGGUAUUCUUAUUCAAGCAUCAAGAAGAUGACUAAAGGUUUUAAGGAGAAGCUGGGUCAAGGAGGUUAUGGUUCUGUGUUCAAAGGAAAGCUAAAAAGUGGCCAUCUUGUGGCAAUAAAAAUGUUAGACCAAUCCAAAAGUAAUGGCCAAGAAUUCAUCAAUGAAGUUGCCACCAUUGGAAGGAUUCAUCAUGUUAAUGURGUGCAACUAAUUGGGUUCUGUUCAGAGGGUUCGAAACGAGCUCUUAUUUAUGAAUUCAUGCCCAAUGGAUCUCUAGACAAGUAUAUAUCUGCUCGCCAAGAAGGAAAUAGCAUCUCUCUCAGUUGGGAGAAGAUGCUUGACAUUGUCCUAGGAGUAGGUCGUGGUAUUGAAUAUCUACACCGAGGAUGCAACAUACAAAUUCUGCAUUUUGAUAUCAAGCCCCAUAACAUUCUUCUUGACGACAACUUUGUUCCAAAGAUAUCAGAUUUUGGGCUUGCAAAAUUCUUUGCAACAGAUGACAGAACUGUGAGUCUAUCUGCAGCUCCACGAGGAACAAUAGGGUAUAUAGCUCCAGAAAUGAUCUAUAAAAACAUUGGUGGCGUCACAUAUAAGGCAGAUGUUUAUAGUUUUGGAAUGUUAUUAUUGGAGAUAACAGGCAGGAAGAAGGCUAUAAAUGCUUCAAGAGAUCAUUCAAGCCAAUUUUAUUUCCCAUCUUGGAUAUAUGACAGAGUCAGCCAAGGAGAAGACAUCGAAAUAGGAGAUGCGACAGAUGAUGAAAAGACGAUAGCAAAGAAACUGGUGAUAGUUGCACUGUGGUGCAUACAAAUGAAUCCUGUCAAUCGUCCUUCCAUGAACAGAAUUGUAGACAUGUUGGAAGGAGAUAUUGAAGUUCUACAAAUGCCACCCAGACCCUUUCUUUCUCCACCAGAGAUGCCGAUUGAUGAUACUACACUUGAUACAAAUCCUUCGGAAGCGUCAACUAUUUAUCAAUCUGAAUCACAAUCAAUUUUAUUUGACAGCCAAAUUAAUAUAUCCAAUUGUUGAUCUUGUUUGUUACACUAUACUAUCUAUCUAUUCAUCUGGGUGAUUCAAGUG